CAAUGCCCUUGGCAAAUGAAUAUGCUUGAUGAACAAGAUCCAAAGUAAACUCUCUUGUCUCUAUAAAAGAAUUUGAACAAUGAAGCACAAAAAUCAUAAUCCCCAAAAAGAUUUUAAGAAAAAAGUGUAAGAAAUAAAACAAGAGAGUUUUGAGAGAUGGAGGAGAAGAAGAGCAAAGUUACAUUACAUGGGACGUGGAUAAGCCCAUACUCAAAGAGGGUCGAAAUCGCCCUUAAACUCAAGGGCAUACUAUAUGAGUACGUCGAAGAAGAUCUUCAGAACAAAAGUGAAUCGCUGAUUCAACUAAACCCGGUGCACAAGAAGAUUCCUGUUCUUGUCCAUGAUGGGAAACCAGUGGCUGAAUCACUUGUGAUUCUUGAAUAUAUCGAUGAGACGUGGAUGAACUCUCCUCGUUUCUUCCCAGAGGAUCCUUAUGAAAGGGCUCAGGUCCGGUUCUGGGUCAGCUACAUCAACCAACAGGUGUUUGAGGUCACGGGUCAAAUCAUGUUCCAAGAGGGUGAAGCUCAAGCAAAAUCUGUAGAAGAGGCUCGAAAGAGAAUCAAAGUUCUUGAUGAGGGACUCGAGAAGCAUUUCCCGAAUAAAAACAUCAGAGAGAAUGAUGAUGUAGGGCUUUUGGAAAUCAUCAUCAUUGCUACUUUCGGAGUCCACAAAGCUCAUCGUGAAGAAAUCGGUGUAGAGAUAAUCAGUCCAGUGAACACUCCGACUUUAUACAACUGGAUAGAGCGCCUGCAAGAUCUGAGUGUGGUUAAAGAAGUAGAAGUGCCUCAUGAUAAGUUGGUGAACUUAAUCCAGAACUAUAGACAAAAGUGUCUCCAGCAGGCUGCAAAUGCGUAAUUAGAUCAAGAUGUUGGUCUAGUGAUGAAUCAUCUGGAUUUAAUAUUGUCUCAAAGGAUAACAGCAAUCUAGAUGAAUCAUCUAGAUUACUGCUUGAAGUAAGAAAUAAUUCCCUGAGAGUUGUUUAUGAACUUAUCGUAGCUAUUACUGUAUGAUAAUGAACUAUAGAAAAACAUUUGUGAUAUCUCCAUGCUCUAUACAUUAGUUGAUA